AUGGUGAGCAGAGGAGCGGGGAAUCUGAUUCUUCUCUCUCGUUCGGGAGCGCAAACAUCUGCUGCCAAGAGCUUUGUUUAUGAGCUCAAAGGGCAGGGUGUAUGUGUUGCCACUCCAAAAGUGGAUAUCAGUGAUCUCGCAAAUCUCAAGGAGUCCUCGAUUGUCUCUCCCGCACGAUGCCUCCAGUGCGAGGUUGCAUCCAAGCCACUGUUGCUUUACAGGGCUCAGGCCAACUACGCCACUGGGAAUACUUUCAAAGAUGCUCUAGCCCAUUAUCGACUGGUGCAUAGGCAAAAGGCUGUCUCCAUUGACCUGGGAUUGAUGGUCUCGGAAGGAGUUGUCGCACAAAACGAACUCAUCGCUCUACUCGACCACUAUUGUAAUCUGUCUCUCCCAUUACUUUCGGCAGACGAUGCCCAGGUCAUUGUUGGCAUUGAGAUGUCGUCCACGGUAGUAGCAAAGGUGGUUGAUAAUACGAACACUGCAGCUAUUAAUAGAUCGACUGCGCUCAAGGUUGCUAUGUCGCCAGACGAGGCAGCCAAGUUUUUAGGCAUGUCAUCGUCUGAUGUCGAGCCGAGCAAGCCGAUCCAUGCCUAUGGUAUUGACUCUCUUGUGGCUGUGGAUCUCAAAAACUGGUUUGAGAGGGAAGUUGGGGCAAAUGUAUCCGUCUUCGAUUUGAUGGGGAAUUUGUCAUUUCGUCAGUUGAGUGCGUUGGCAGCUGAACAGAGCCGUUUUCGUUCUUAG